CCGAGCGGGCGGUGACAGCGAGCGCAGGGGUUGUGCAGAGAACGAUGUCUGCUGUCGGGGCUGACAGGCUGCUCAGCAGUGUGUGGGGCUACGCUGACUCUACCUUACGAGCCUCCCUGUGAAACCAGUGGAGUUCCCUUCGCUUCAGACGGAGUAAACCACACUGAGAGCUCAGUUCACAUGAUCAGAUGUGACGGUGACGCUCUUCAUAAAUGCUCUCUUGCACUUUUCAAUCGAUGCUGUUAUAUUUGUAUGUCCCUGUCUAAAUCCUUUAUGCAUAGCCCCAGCCUGCAGCGACACCCUGUCCCUGAUGUACGUAAUGAAGCUUUCUGUGUGUUGUGUGUGAAUGUGUGUCUGUGUAUGUGUGUGUAGGUGGUGCUGGAUCCCCCGCCUCCUGCCCUCAUGGUGUCCCACCUCUGAGGAUCAGCUGCAGACUGCAGAGGACAUGAUGCUGAGCUGUGUGGACAGCACGAACUCCAAACAGUACGUCCCCAUCUCCGAAGGCACCAGGCUGUGGACUCUGACCUUCAGCAGAGACUGUGUCAAAGACAGAACCCCCCUAGUUCUACUCCACGGGUUCGGGGGGGGCGUGGGUCUCUGGGCUCAGAACCUGGACUCUCUCUCGCAGCAGAGGCCCGUCUGGGCUGUAGACCUGCUGGGCUUCGGGCGGAGCAGCAGGCCUCGGUUCUCUACAGACGCCCGGGAGGCAGAGGAGCAGUUUGUUGAGUCCAUCGAGCAGUGGAGGGCUAAAGUAGGACUGGAGUCCAUGAUACUGCUGGGCCACAACCUGGGGGGGUACCUGGCUGUGUCAUACUCCAUUAAAUACCCUGGAAGAGUGAAGCACAUUGUGCUGGUGGAGCCCUGGGGUUUCCCUGAGCGCCCCGACACAGCAGAGGCUGACCGGCCCAUCCCGGUGUGGAUCAAAGCUCUGGGGACCAUGUUCAGUCCCUUCAACCCGCUGGCCAGCCUGAGGCUGGUUGGACCUCUAGGGCCCACUUUGGUCCAGACUCUCAGACCUGACUUCAAGAAGAAAUUCUCUUCAAUGUUCAGCGACAACACCGUGUCAGAGUACAUCUACCACCUGAACGUGCAAACCCCCAGUGGGGAAACGGCUUUUAAGAAUAUGACCACUCCUGAGGGCUGUGCUGUGAGGCCGAUGCUGCAGAGGAUGGAGCAGCUCCCCCCUCAGAUCCCCCUUACCAUCAUGUACGGGUCCCGCUCCAGCAUCGACAGCAACCCAUGCAGCAGCAUCAGAGACAUGAGGCCGCACUCUCAUGUAGAGAUCACACAGACGAUCCGUGGAGCCGGACAUUAUGUAUUCGCUGACCAGCCGGAGGACUUCAACCACACACUUUUGAAAGUAUGCAGUAAAGUGGACUGAAGCCUGGCUCCUGACCACUGGAGGAAAAGUGAAGCACCAAUGUCAGACUAUUUUUCAGCAGAGGAAACAAAGGAUUGUCCUUCCUCAAAGAAGGGAUGAUGAGUGUAUUUUUAUAACAUGUGAAAAUAUGUCAAAUGCGUAUUUCCGCAUAUUUUUGUCAAAUAAUGCAAUAAGUAAUAAGUGUGUCUGGAUAUAACCAUAGACACACACAGACACUUAAAUUCCCUCGGCAGAUUAAAAGGCAAAUUUCCCAUAAAAACGUGCUUCAAAUGGAGAGAACAAUCUGAAUAAAUGAUCUCCAAAUCUGAGAACCACUUGCUGUUAACUAUCAAGCUGACACCUCCUCAUGUACUUUUCCCAGAGUCCGUUCCUGGCAAAAAAUGAGAAUCCAUGGGUGGCAAUAGUGGAGUCCUGGUUUAAGGGAUCAAGGCAAGUCUCUGUGAAAACCAUGACGUUACAGUUCAUGUUUCCUCAGUCUGACUCAAACUCCAGUCCAGGAGCCUCGCCUCAUUUCUCACCUGCGCUGCCCAGGUAAAGCAGCAGCAGGUAACCAUGACUUGUUAUCAGUUUUAGUGAAAGACUGCGGUCUACCAAGGUUCUGAUGGGUAAACGUUUGUCUUUAUCAUAUCACAUAUAGAUGAUAGGGCUUGCUUGGGCGGUUUGCUUGUUGUGAAAAAAACGUUCAAACAAGCGACAAAGUAAAAAAGUUAAACUGCAAUGUUUAAGGGAAUCUGGAGACAUGGCAGCCAUCUACGUCACUAUCUUGGAGAACGUAUCUGGAAACCCAGGUAUAUGAUACUCAGACGCAUUAUACAGAUAACCUCUAGAGUAGACAAAUAGAGUCAUACUGUAAGCCCAACAUGCUGUUGACAAAGGUUAUACCGUAUGUCAAAAUGAUAUUGUAUUCCCUUUGUUUAACAUCUAAAACAAAACCUAGACAUUCUAGAUGUCUUCAAUGAAGCGGCUUCCUGAAUUCUGUUGAUUUCGCAUGUACACGGCAAACAACAGUUGAAUGGAGCUACAUUAUGGGUAGGCAGUAAUCCUUGUUGCUGGAAUCCAAUAACUGCAGUGUUUCAUUGUACAUUUAAAUAUCCUUUAUUUUAAAUAAACAAGUGAAGAGUCUGCCGAGCCUCUACAAAGGAUCAGUGGAAUCUCAUGCCUGUUGAACAAGGUCUAUUCCCUAAUUGAAAUGCUAUAGACACAAUGUGAUCUGUGUCUAUAAUGUGAAAAGCAGAAACUUUAGAUUAGUAAAAACGUCAUAUUGAUGAAUAACUUCAAAGUGUUUCACAUAUAGUCAUUGUCACAGGGAAAUAUGUUUUUAUAAUUUCACUGAGUAUCUUGAAUUACUUAACAGUCGUUCUAGGCAUGUAAUAAAGUGUAAAUUGUUCAAAUUGUUUUGCUUUCAACUAAUUUUCCCUCGGACAGCUCAUAUUUCUAAAUGUAAAAGAAUAAUGUUAUCUAUUAUGAUUAUUGUUCACUUGCUUCUCUGUCUUUUGUCAUCCAUACACAAUGAAGGCCUUACCUUUGUUUGCAUCACAUAAUUAAUCUGCACUACUUUGAUUCUGCCUCUCCCCAUUGAAAUGGUACAAGAUUUGUCAAAAUGUAUCGAUCCUUUAGGAGCCGUCUGGCCUCCUCUCAGUGAGAGAAACGAUCCCUGUGCAUUUGGGUUCAGCAGAAAGCCUCUGUAGUUUCCCCUUACUCCCACUAGAGAGCAAUCAUAUUCAAAAAGGAGCUGUGAAACCUGUGAAAAAAAUUGUUGGUAUGAGGAUGAAGAGUUUCCAUCUCCAUCAGUUUCCAUCCUUGGGUAUAAACAUAAGAUGGAUAUCGAUUGUAAAAGACAUCCUAUCUGCUUUGAAUCUCUCCACUGGUUGGGUGAUAGAUUAGAAAUAAACUCAUGUAAAGUAUUUCCAAACCACAUGGAGCCAGUGGGGUCCGUUUGUCCCUCUCAGCUUGAGAAAGACUGAGGUGGGAAUUACGAAGUUUCCUGUCUGUUACAGUAGCUGAUGGUUUACCUUGGGAAGAGAAGCAAUCUCAUUAACUUCCCCUAUUGAGGAACGAAAGAAGUUGGAGUGGCUCCAAGAACGAUUGGAGGAAGAGGAGUAAUCUCUAAAGUUGUCCACCUGCCUUUACCAGCUUCACUAAAUGUAUUUAUGCAUAUUCUAAAUGCCAAGACGUUAGUUUUCGAAUAAAAAAAGAAUACCAUGAAACAAGUUUAUCUCAAGAUUAGCCUUUGAGACCACCGACAUAUUUCGAUAGAGUGGGUUACAUGUGCAUUAACAUACCUAAUUUGAAACAUUUGCAGUCCCACACAUUCAGAUUGAUUCGAUAAACUCUGAUGCUGUUUCUCCCAAUUUAGCUGAUUGUCCUGUUGAGUUAGCAUUCAGUAAGCUAGUUAGCUUGACAUUUUUGCUCUAAAUGUUUGAACUGUGUUUGUUAUUUAUCUUUUAUAUGUUUGUGAUGUAAAAACCAGUCAAGACAUUAAUGAGAUACAAAUGUACUAGUUGAUGAUACUAUAGCUUAUUGGCCGUUCAACAGUGUCUGCUUAAUUGCGGCCUAAGCUAAGCUAAAAGCGCUAAUGGUUGCCGCUGUGGACCCGUGAAAACAUGAGCUAAUUUGUGCGAACUUAAAACAGGGUGAUAAGCAAAUGUGUAUUCCUUUGAAAUGUUAGACUAUGAAGAAAAGACAAAAGGAGGCUAUUUUGUUCAUAAUUGGUUAUUUACAUAACUGUAAUUCUGUAUUGAUGCAGAUUAAUUAUGUCUAUUAUAUUGUGUUUUUGGACAAAUUUCAUUUUUCUACUUCCGUGUUUUCAAUUAAAAUGUGUCCAGUCUCCCCUU